AUGAACGAGCAGUACACCGCUCUGGAUGAGCUCGUGAACACGUUCCAGUUGAAGUACGAGAGCAACACCGAAGACGGCUCAGUGAAUGUGGACAAGACCAUAGUGGCCAACCACCUCAACAGCAUGGACGUCGGAGUGCAGAGAGACGAGAAUGCCACAGAAGACCAGACCCACACUGCAACGGAUGGUACCGAACUGGACGACGCAUCCCCCGACGAGCAACCUGACGCAUCCCCCGACGAGCAACCUGAUCAAAACGACGUCGAGUAUGAGAUCGAUCCCACCCCACCCCAAGACCCUAUGACUCAGACUGAACUUGUUGGAGCGACCGAAUCGCUCAACAUGGGGGCGCACGAGGCGAAUCUCACGCAGAGAUUCCUUAAAACCGGCCUUCAUGUGCCCACCACAGUCGUGCCGUCGCCCCAGAGCGCGCCGUUGAGCUACAUCUGA